UCCCCAAACCCUUCUCCUCCCACAACAGCAACUCAACGAGCCCCAGCCCAAAAAACCCCCAAAUCCGAGCACCCAAGCCUCCUCCCCGGCUGCCCCCGCCGCCGCCAUGAAUCCCGCGGAAGCCGAGGUAGCUGCCGCCAGGAAGGCCCAGCGCAAGAAGGAGAAGAGUAAGAAGCGUAAGGACUCCGCCGCAACGGCUGAGGAAGGAGCAAUCCACGAGAAGAAGCAGAAGCAGAGGAAGGAAGAGGACGAGGGGGAGGAGCAGGCUGGUCCGAAGCGGAAGCCAACGGUGAGCAUCGCCGUCGCCGGAUCCAUCAUCGACAACGCCCAGUCCCUCGAGCUCGCCACCCUCCUCGCCGGCCAGAUCGCCCGAGCCGCGACCGUCUUCCGCAUAGACGAGGUCAUUGUCUUCGACAGCAGUCCGGUGGUGGAGAAUGGCGGCGUGGGUGAUGGUGAAGAGAGUGGCGCCAUGUUCCUUGUCCGGAUACUGGAAUAUCUGGAGACUCCACAGUACCUGCGCCGCCGCCUCUUCCCGAUGCACAAGAACCUGAAGUUUGUGGGACUGCUUCCGCCGCUCGAUGCACCACACCAUUUGCGCAAACAUGAAUGGUCUGUGUUUCGUGAAGGUGUAACAUUGGAGGGUGAUCGCUCAAAGGGGACCCUUGUUGAUGUCGGAUUAAGUAAGAAUGUUCUGGUUGAACAAAUCCUAGAACCAGGGAAAAGAGUAACUGUAGCCAUGGGAACCAACCGUGACCUUACAACAGCUUGCGUAAGGAAAGUUGUUUCCCCCUCCACUUCCACUGAAGAGAUGGGAUCUUAUUGGGGCUAUAAAGUCCGAUACGCUUCAAAUUUAAGUGGUGUCUUCAAAAAUUCACCAUUCGAGGAAGGAUAUGAUCAUAUCAUUGGCACUUCAGAGCAUGGCGAAACGAUUAGUUCAUCUGAGCUUACCUUACCAUCUUUUAGGCACCUUCUAAUUGCAUUUGGUGGACUAGCUGGUCUGGAAGAAAGUAUUGAAGAAGAUACAAAUUUGAAGGGUAAACGUGCAAAUGAUGUAUUCACAUAUUAUUUGAAUACGUGCCCCAACCAAGGGAGCAGAACAAUAAGAACAGAGGAGGCACUUCUCAUAUCCCUCCAAUACUUCCAAGAGCCCAUUAGGCGAGCAGGAUAGCAACUGUAGAAUGUAAUGCAGAUUACAGACACAUUCAAAUCCAACAUUGCGGAAUCUGUAUGCUAGAGAUCUCCAAUGGGGACAGUGGAGUUCACUCUCUGAAAUUUUGAACCCUUUGCCUAUGUGGCAGUGAAUUUCACUGUGAGGGGUGGUAGUUGUUCAGAACAUUUUGACACCCAGUUUCACAAUUUGAUAUGCAACUCUUAUGUUGUUCUCACCAAAAGGGUUCAAGUGUUAGUUAGCCAUUUCAAUGUAUCCAAUAAUUGCUCACAUGCACCUACAUGGUUCUUUAAUGCCUUUGACCAAAAA